GUCAGCGAGCACUUUGGAGGUGAAGUGAUAAAUAGUUGUCCCUCUAUUGCACUCUGACUAUUGAAUGUGAGUCCUUUUGUGUGAGAUUGAGAACAAUCCUUCCUCUCUCUCUCUCUCUCUCUCUCUCUGGGCAGUCAGUCCGAUCACUCACACCUCUCAGGAGCUGCAAGAUGCUGAACAGGAGGCGCCGGUCCGUGCCUGCACCUUCGGCCGCCUUUGACCGCUGCCGGGCGGGGGAGAGGCUACAGGCGGCGCUGGCCGGGCUGCAGGAGCUGGAACUGUUGAAGGAGAGGCAGAGGGAGCUGGUGAAGGGGGCGCUGGAGACCGAGAGCCCUACAGCCAAGCUGGCCAACAGGCAGAGCUGCACCGAGGAGGCCAGGCUGGAAGCGACCCUGUGCUCUCUAAAGGAGCAACUGUCACAUUUAAGGAAGCAAGAUGCGGGGCUGAAAAUUCAUCUGCAGCAAUUGGACCAUCAGAUCAGUGAGCUCAAGCUCGAUGUGAACAAGGCUUCCCCUGAGCAACCAGAGAGUGACAGCAGGCCAAGUUCCGGGUUUUAUGAACUCAGUGACGGAGGGUCCUGCUCCCUGUCCACCUCGUGCACUUCCAUGUCCAGUGAGUGUACCUCACCGUCGCUGGGCAGCCUGUUGUACUGCAGCCACCCGGCCGAGACAAGGGCCCUGAGGUCAGAGGUACGGCCUCGUUCGGCCGAUGAGCUCACCGUGCAGUUGGCAGCCUUCAAGCAGCAAGGUCCUGGCAAACGGCCGGGGGGAGGCAUCCGAACCAGUGCCGAGCUGCUUCCCGGCUUCCACCUCGCCAGGCUCGGGGUCCCUAGGCAGAGACCAGUCUCUACAGGGGACCUGGAGAGGUUGGCACCAUGGCAGGUAACAUCUGCAGGCAUAUCCGACUGGAAGCUGCCUCUGCCCCCCUCUGCCGGGAGUGAGCUCUGCCUCCUUGCUCCGCGUCGGAACUUCCAGUGCGACCUGAUCUCCGAGGACAGCAGCGAUGUCUACACGUACCCCAGCCCCCUUCACGCCGUGGCUUUGCAGAGCCCCCUGUUCUACCCCGUGGAGCGGGCGGUCAGCGUGGAUGACGGGCCCCCCGUGGGCCGUAGCGGUGGUCUGCAGCCACAGGGGCCGCUUCUGUCCAAAACUGGAGCCGUCUGCCUCAAGGAAGGAUCUCCACCUCAGGCCACUGCUGGAGAGGGAGAGCCCAAACCAAGAGCAAGAGCCACCAUGUUGGAGAAGGAGCAGGCAUGGUGUGUCAUGGCCUCGCAGAAGGAGGAGCCUGUGAGGCCUGUCGGCCUGCAGCGGGCUAGCAGCUGCAGGGCUGUAGGACGUCCAGCAGGAAGCACUGGAUUGAAGUCCCAGAGGGCUAAUGGUUGGCCCCCUAUCCCACCCCUGGGUUGGGAGGGGCUAGAGGCUGGGGUCGAUGUCCCGUUUGGGUUGGUGGUGCCCACUAUUACUUCAGGGACUCGGUCAGGCCUCACCAGGCACGGUGGUCUGGAGCCCGGCAUUGACCCCCUGCACAGGACUGGCUGGAGGCCAGAGGUCAGGCCAGGGAGGGGCAAGAGCGGGUUCGCUCAUGCCCAGUUUGUGCCCGCAGAGCCCCGGCUCCGGCUGCAGGUCAGCAAGAUCCAAGUGGCCAGAACCGAGCGGAUGGUCAGUGGUGAGUCAACGUGGGCAGUUAAGAGACCAGGUGCUCGAGGGUCGAUGGCCGUGGCUGAGGAGGGCCCUGGCAGUGGGCGUGCGGCUGGCACAGGGGGCCUCCGAGCUCCGGGCCGCCAGGAGUUCCAGGGCCGGGCCCAGCGGCUGAGGGCAGGCAGGCACCGGGGGCAACGGGCAGGGCUGAGGGCACGGACCCCUCCUCGCUCCCACUCCCACCCCCGCAGCGAGUCGGAUGGCUCAGAGUAUUCGGCUGAAUGCGCCUCCCUGUUCCACUCCACCGUCGCCGAGAGCAGUGAGGGCGACGGCAGCGAGUACACGGCUAACCGUUUCGGGGACAGCGAGUCGAGUGGGAGCGAGGGCCGAGGGCACAGGGUCGCCCUGGUCUGGCCUCGGGCCUCAGGCGGGCGGCACCUCCCCGCAGAGGCCAGAGUUUGUCGUAUCAAGGCAUCGAAAGCUCUGAGGAAAAAGAUCCGGAGAUUCCAACCUGAAUCCUUAAAAGUUAUGACCAUGGUUUAGGGAGGUCAGGAGGAAACGUAACCCUAGGCCUCUCCCCGUGGAGACUGGGCACUGGGCCCUAGGCCUCUCCCCGUGGAGACUGGGCACUGGGCCCUAGGCCUCUCCCCGUGGAGACUGGGCACUGGGCCGUAGGCCUCUCCCCAUGGACAUGUCUUGACAAAAUAAGAGGUUACCUUUUUAAAAGAAGAGAUGAUGAUCUGGUGGUACUGUCGAUCGCUUAUUAACCUAGAGAUUGAGGUAGUGUUCUGGGGUUUGGCUUCAAAAACAGAUAAUGAUUUGAACUCAAUAAAAAUCCGUAAUGAAGUGACUAAUGAUGACCAUGUCAGAAAAUUCAUUUGGUUUUGUCCUUUAGAGAAGGAAAUCUGCCUUCCU